CAUCUAUCAAAAUGCGAACUCUUCUGUUACUUACGUUUGCCGUUCUUGGGUGCUGGGCCAAAGUUGAUCUCUGGAGCCCACCCAAGGAAGUCAUUCCUUCCAAUGAUGAUACCAUUCGUUGGUGUGUACCAUCAGAAUGCGAGAUGAAGAAAUGUCUUCGCAUGGCCAAUGAGUGGAUGUACAAUGUCUCCCCGAGAAAGGAUAUCGUAUGUAUGGAAGGUACAUGUAUAGAGCACUGUCUCGACUGGGUUGAGAAUGGAUACAGUGACGUCAUUGUUACCCGCGAGAAUGAUGUAUGGAGAGCACACACCGUUCACAAUUUGAAACCUGUCGCUUAUGAAAUGUCCGAAUACAAGGGACCAAAGAAAUUUGAAAAUUGGGAAAGCAUCAGCAUUGCCGUGGUACCAAAAUCAUCUCCCAUCAACCAGUGGAGCGAUCUGGAAAACAAGAAAUCUUGUCACGCCGGCGUCGAUUACACGAGUUCCUGGACCGCACCAAUGUGCUCCAUGAUUCACAAAAACGUCAUCCCUCACCAAGGCAACAUGGUUGAAUCUGCUGCUCAAUAUUUCAAGAAGAGCUGCGUACCAGGUGUACUUGACUGGAACUACGACAUCAAUGGCACCAACCCCGAGACGCUCUGCGAGAUCUGCGGUGGACGCAAAGAAGACAACAGCUGGUGCCACAAGAACAGGGAUGUGUAUUCCGGUUACUACGGUGCCUCCAUGUGCUUGAAAGAGGGCAAAGGUCAUGUUGUUUUCAUUGACAACAACUACAUCUCUGCAUUCAAAAACAUCUUUGGAACUGAUUACAAGCUUGUCUGUAACCAUGGUACCACUGAUUUGGAUGACUGGCAUAACGAGGAUUGUCAUCUUGGAUACACUCCACGCCCAACUAUCUUCACACACAUGGACAAGACUUACAAUUAUAUCCGUGACUUCAAUGAUAUGUUAUUUUCUGCCGUGCAAACUUAUUCAAACAUGAAUAACAUGGACAUAUUCAGCUCCGAUGAAUACAUCUGCUCAGACAACUCUGAUCCAAAAGACAUUAUCUUCCGUGACAACACCCGUGAAUUUGUCACAAUCCCAGAAGAAAAGAAUUACAUGCACAAGUACAUCAGUGUGAUGAACACCUGCCAAUCCAUGGAACCAAAACCACGUGCAAAGUUCUGUGUAAUCACUGAUGAAGCUUACAACAAAUGUACAGAAAUGAAGAGAUACUUCACUUCUACCAUGAAGGUCAACGAAGUUAGCUGGGGUUGCAUGAAGUUACCAACCAAGAUGGAUUGCAUGAAGGCUAUCUGGGAAGGCAAGGCUGAUGUUGUGUCUCUGGACCCAAUGGAAACUUUUAUUGCUGGAAACGACUUCCAAAUGACCCCAUUCAUGAGUGAAUACUUUGAUGUUUUCCAUGAGCCAAUAGAUGGCAAAUGGUCUUACAACUGGGACACCGAGACUUACACUAUUGGAAUUAUGAAGAAGAAUGUUUACCAGAACAAGUUUGGAUACGACAAUGAGUGGAUUAACCUGAAGGGACUGAACACCUGCCACGCUGGUAUUUCCAGAGUUUCCUCUGUCCAUCAUCCAAUUGGUUGGCUACACUCCAAUGGCACCAUCCCCCAUUACGGCUCAGUCUUCGAAUCUAUCAACAAAUUCUUUGACCGUACUUGCUUACCAGGUUCAAAGGACUGGAACAUGAAGAAAGAUAUCAUUCUCGGUCACCAAUACAACUGGGGAUAUCAUGGCGUGUCAUUCUACAAUUUCACUGGCAUGGAAUGGUUUGUAUGGAAUGUACCACAUACAUGGAAUUACUUCAACUGGAAUCACCAGACCCCAAGCUACAUCAACACCUGGAAGAAUAUCAACACCUGGGUAGAAAACCCAGAAUCCAUUCUGAAAACAAAGAAGGAAUGGAAAAAAACUUCAACUGAGGAAGGAUGGCAAUGGGACACCGAAGAUGAAAUCAAGAAAGUAGACAUCUCCAAUAUCUGGAACAAAUUCUUCAAGAACAUGAAGAGUCAAAAGAAGGAAGGAAUCAAGGAUAUGCCAAAAUUUGACUGGACUAUUUGGAAUCUCUUCAAGGAUAACAUCCGAACCGUUCCAGAAUACAUGUUGGAAAAGAUUCCAGAGAUUGAGAAAUUCUUGAUUGAGUUAGAAAAGAUUACACACAAUGGUUUCAGUGAUAAUAUUGAAUUCAAAUGGAUGAACCACCCAAUCGUCAUGAACUACCUGAAGGUUUACUACCCAAUGCUUGUGAAACGCUGGAUCAACUAUGCCGACCAAAUGGAAUGGGUACCAAUGACAAAGGACACUUAUAACCGAUACACCAACCCAAUCUGGCUUUCACCUGAAUGGAAUGAAUAUCAGAAGACCAUGAAGAUGCACCAGGAAGAGCUAUGCACUAGCUGCGGUGGCUACAAUGAGUGGAACUGCAAAGAAGGAACCGAGGAACCAUACUGGGGAACCCUGGGAAGCCUCCGAUGCAUACACGAACAUAAAGGAGAUAUUGCUUUCAUCGAGUCACACAAAUUCGAGCCAUACGUCAAAGACAUUGACAUGAUCCCACAAGACUUUGUCUUGGUCUGCCCAACUGGCAAGGUCAUCAACUAUGUCAACCAUGAGAGCAUCCGUGAAUGCAACUAUGGGCGUGUACCGUUCCCAACUCUUGUCACUUCAUACGCCAAGACAGGUAGCUGGCGCUGGAAUGUGACCAAGGCUCUUUUACUCGCACAGAAGAUAUACGAUUCCUCAAGCCAUAAUGAAUACCGCUUUGAGAUGUUCGGUGAACACAGCGUAUUUGAAAACAUUCACACCAAACAUCUUUACCCAAUCAAUCUCAUCAACCAGACCUAUCAAACCUGGCUUGGACCAAUGUUCCUGCGCUCCAUGGAGUCCCUCAUUAAACCAAUUUCUCACAAAUGGUGGGAGAAUAUUGACGAAAUCUGUCACGGUGAGACACUAACCAACGUAAUCCACCAUCAUGACGGACGUUGUAACGCCAUUGUCAAGGACAUCACCUGUAGAGGAAAUCCAGAACCCAAGACUAUUUGGCUUGGUCGUCAUGGAUACAAAUACAAUGUAAAGAUUCCAAUGUGCAGCCGUCCAACCCGCUUCAUCCGUAAGAUGGUUGAAUUCACUUGCGACACUGGAUACGGUUAUUUACACCCUGUGAUGAUCCCAACUGCCUGUGAAUGCAUUCCAUGUGAGGAGAUCACCCAUGCACCAGCCUGGAGUCAUGAUUACCACUGGACCACAGAAGAGAGGAAAUACACACCAAAUGAGUGGGAAUAUGACCAUUUUGAUCUCUGGGGUAACGAGCCAUGGUGGAUGAACAAAGAGCACCAUGACACUUGGUUCCACGAUGAAGUCAUCUACCCACUGAACCAAGACUGGAACUACAACCAUCACAUCAACAAGCGCCCAAAGACCAACCAUUAUUCCAACUGCGAGAAGAACUGGUGGGGUUUCAUCUGGCACCCACAGUGGUUCCAAGAAUCAACCUGGCCUAUGUGCAAUGAGGGGGAUUACUGGUACGAGACCAUUAACGUGAACACCAACUGGGAACAUAAGGAAUGGAACCCCAGAUGGAACAAAAACACUGAAUUGAAUAAGCCUGAAUGGAGAUGGUCGCUGUAAUUUACAACCCUACUAAUUUUUGUAGAAUGUCAACUGGAGUGUAACCCUUUUCCACUUUGUUUAUAGUUCAUACAAAUUUUCACCAUAUAGUAUUAGAAUAUUGUGUUUUUUUAAUGUUGAGUUGUUUAAUCACAAAUAAAACAUAGAACAUGC